AUGCUCUCACUCAAGGACCAGCUGCGGGCAUUACAAGACGAACCGAAGUCGGUGGAUCCCGAGAGCGCGUAUGCCGACCUUGAUGGGCUCAAGUUGCGCGAGGCCGAUCGGGAGCACUACGAGGAUGUUGGGCCAUCACGGCUGCGUGCGGCUGCGGGAGUCGAUACGGCGCAGACACUGUUGACGGACAAGUACGGGGGAAAGGCGAGCAGCCGGAUGAAGAUCUUCGACGAUGACGAAGAGGACGACGACGACGACGACGAGAGGGAGGAGGGAGAAGAGGACGACGAGGAUGAGGAAGCCGAGGAAGAUGAAGAUGAUGAGGAUGAAGAGGAAGAUGACGAGGAGGAUGAUGACGAGGAGGACGAUGAAGACGAAGAGGAGGUGGAGGAAGAUCCCGCGCGCAAGCCGUCCGGCAAGGCGCUCGACCCCGUUGGGCAGCUGCGUGAGUCGCGGCAGAAGGACGUCGAGAAGGGGAGGGGCAUCAAACGGCAACGAGACCUCUUCGACUCGCUCCUGACGAUGCGCAUCGCGUUCCAGAAAGCCGUUCCCUCUACUUUCUCCAUUCCCGACCUCGGCGAGGUUGAGGACGACCCAGAAGGCGAGAUCGACCCGAAGCGCGCCGACGUGCUGUCCUCUUUGGGAGAGCUGAACGAGACGCUCUUCUCUUUGCGCGAGCUCAUCUCGCUUCCCGGUGCCAACCCCUCCAAGAGGAGGCGGACCGGCGACCCCUCCGACGAGGCUUACUGGACCUCCUCGGCCGCCGACUCCUUCGCGCUCUCCGACUCCGCGCAUGGCUCCCUAGUCCCCGUUCUGAGCAAGUGGUCGACCAAGAUCCAGGCGGCGUCCCUCGCCACCGCGAAGUUUGCGUCCAAGCCCACCGGAGUCGUGGAUGCUAUCGACGCCGCCAUCUCCACGAAGCGCGACAACCCCAAGCCCCUACUUGAGGCGGAGGAGGGCGCGUACCGCUCCCUUCUGCGUGAGGUGAUUGAGAGCCGUGGUGGGGGCGACGUCAUGGCCCACCGCCGUGAGAAGAAGAAGAAGCGCGAGGCAGAGCGCGGGGGAAGCAAGGGCCGUAAACUGCGGUACACAGUACACGACAAGGCGGUCAACUUUGUCGUGCCUAUCCCGCUCGAUGGCGGUUGGCAUGAGGAGCAGGUCGACGAGCUGUUCUCCAGCUUGUUUGGGGGGGUGGGGAUCAAGGGUGCGAUGAGUACGGCGCCAGAGACGAAUGGGACAGACCUCGGAGGACUGCGCAUGUUCUAG